AUGCAACAGAUCAACGUCUCCAACGCUGAACAGGCCGCCGACUUGACUGAACGGCGUGAGAUCGAUGCCGAGACCCACCUCACCAUGUGCAAGAAGCUCUACAUGAAGCAAGUUCGACGAGGAGCACACGUGAUCAUCGCCAUCUCCGAGGUGCUUUCCUGGGAGCGCUGGACUGCCGACGUUGCAACGGCAUUCCUUCAGGGUGAUCCUCAGCAGAGGAUCUUGUGGGCCCGGAUCCCCAAAGACGCUUGCGAGUUGAUCGGCGUUCCUCCGGGCACCCUCAUGCGCCUGAUCAAGCCCCUCUACGGACAGGCUGAUGCUCCAAGGCAGUGGUUUGCAGUGGCGAGACGCCGAGACAAGCGGACGAAGAUCGAGGUCACGGUCACAAAGCAGAAGAUGCUCUGCAUGGACACGAAGCUGCGCUGGGUUAGCUCAGAGAUCCAGCUAGCUGACGGAGUCACCAAAUCCUCAGCAAGGCAGCUGUUCGCCGACCGGUUGAGGAGUCACCAAAUCUCCCUUCGAUCAGACAUGACCUUCCAGGCCGCCAAGAAGAAGACUCUGGCUGAACGGCAGGCCAAUGCUCGCAAACAUGCGAUCAGUCGAUCAGGGAAUCGGCACAGCCUGGCCUACAUAAUCCUCAUCUCGCAGAUGAUGAUGGUGCAAGCCAUGUAG